GCUACGGUGACCCUAAGCAAGCUUUGGAAUAGUUUGUGGCCGUGUCCUCGCUCUUCCCAGCAUCUGAUCGUGGCUUGUGGUGUGUUCAGUUACAGUAAAAGGAAGAAAAACGAAUUUGUGAUUCAUGAACUAACACUGUUUGCUCUCGCCCUCUCUGUUGCACCGUCGCCAUCUCUCCACGCCAAUAACGCACCGGUGGUGGGUGAGUAUUGGGAAAGCCAACAUCGCCUGCAGAUGCCACGUCGUCCAUUCAACCAGCUGAAGGAUAAACAUCUAACAUAUUUCCCGUUGAUCCGUGGGCCUUUCUUUGCGUAAAUUCCCUAAAUUGCUGUCGUCCCUGGUGUCUUUCUCCUGGCUCUAUUCAUUUUGAAAUCACAUCGUACAAACAGCAGUCUACAUUUUAGAGUUCUGGCUUGAUGAACUUGUUGAGAUGAUGUCUCCUUUGUGGUAUGGUAACAUUGUGGGUUAUAUCUCGGUGCCCCCUCCCCUCUCCAAAGGCACUGUCCCACCGUCGUUGUGGGGCAGUGCCGCUAUCCGUCGAUUUCAGCUGUUUUCGCGUUGUAUGUUUUAUCUUCACAGAUGCGAUGACCGUAUGCUGAUGCAAGGCCUCUGAGUGCCAUGUGUGAAUGAAUUUCAUAGCUGAGCAGACACCUGUGCGUGGCUACAAGGACGUACUGGCCGACGAGCGUCUCAAGCAACAAGAGGCACAAGUACGCCAGGACAUCCAGCGCAAGAAGGAAGAGUUAGCCAAGCAAGGGAAAACGCUGCAACCAGAGCCUGUGAAACGCCGAAGAUGGGAUCAGCCAUCAGAGGAUCCAGCUGCGAAGAAGUCCUCCUGGGAUCAGGUGGACACCGCCCGCAGCUCAGCGCAGGCAACGCCAACACAUCUCAGUGGAACUCCCGGUGCUGCCAACUGGGCUGAGACACCCCGCUCUGCACAGACCCCGGCCCGUACUCCUGCUGUGGGUGGCUGGGCAGAGACACCUAAAGCUGACCGUACUCCCGCAGGGCCUGGUCCCGGCAGUGCUCGCGCUGGCAGGUGGGAUCAGACUCCGUCCACUGAACGCGGAGGAGAGACUCCUGGCGCAGGUGGUUGGGCCGAGACCCCGCGUGCAGAUCGUACACCUAGUGCUGGUGGCGGCGGUGGUGGCGGUGGUCGCAAGGGCCGCUGGGAUCAAACACCUUCCACGGAGCGAGGUGGUGGCGAGACGCCAGGCAGUACCUGGUCAGCCACGCCUCGUGCCGAUCGUACACCAGCCGCUGGCGGUUCAGAGCGUAUGGCAGACACGCCGGGCAACAAACGCUCAUCACGCUGGGACGAGACACCCGGCGCAAGCCAGCGUGGCUCGGCCACGCCCUUAACGCCAGGCACUCCCAGCGAUGCCGCGAUGCGGAUGACCCCAGGAAAGACUCCGUCCGGAGCGGCUGCCAUGAAUAUAGCAACACCGUCGCCUGGUCAACUCGGCAGCAUGACGCCUGAACAGCUGCAGGCUAUGCGCUGGGAGCAGGAAAUCGACCAGCGUAAUCGCCCACUCCUGGAUGAAGAGCUGGAUGCCAUGCUGCCCAAGGAGGGUUACAAGGUGCUCGACCCGCCAGCGAACUACCAGCCCAUCAGAACGCCGGCACGUAAGCUGUCCGCCACGCCGACUCCAAUGGGAAUGAGUGGCUUCCGCAUUCAGAUGGAAGACCGCAGUGUCAAGCUGCUGGACGAGCAGCCCACUGGCAACAUGCCGUUCAUGAAGCCUGAGGACAUGCAGUACUUUGACAAGCUCCUUGUGGAAGUGGAUGAGGACACUCUCAGUGCUGAGGAGCAAAAAGAGCGACGCAUCAUGAAGCUGUUGUUAAAGAUCAAGAACGGCACGCCACCGAUGAGAAAGUCUGCUCUUCGCCAUAUCACAGACAAGGCUCGUGAGCUUGGCGCUGGCCCUCUGUUCAAUCAGAUCCUACCGCUUCUUAUGUCGCCUACACUCGAAGAUCAGGAGAGACAUUUGCUCGUCAAGGUCAUUGACCGAAUUCUGUACAAACUUGAUGAACUUGUGCGGCCCUACGUCCAUAAGAUUCUUGUUGUCAUCGAGCCUCUGCUGAUUGAUGAAGACCAUUACGCUCGUGUAGAGGGUCGUGAAAUCAUCUCCAACUUGGCAAAGGCUGCUGGUCUUGCUACUAUGAUCUCAACCAUGAGACCCGAUAUCGACAACAUUGACGAAUACGUCCGUAACACGACAGCAAGAGCGUUUGCCGUGGUGGCAUCUGCGUUGGGCAUCCCCUCGCUGCUACCCUUCUUGAAGGCCGUGUGCCGCAGUAAGAAGUCCUGGCAGGCCCGCCAUACCGGCAUCAAGAUCUGCCAGCAGAUCGCCAUCCUGAUGGGCUGUGCCGUGCUGCCGCAUCUCAAAAGCCUGGUGGAGAUCAUCGAGAAUGGCUUGGUCGACGAGCAACAGAAGGUACGAACUAUUACCGCUCUGGCCAUCGCAGCUCUGGCUGAAGCCGCCACCCCGUACGGUAUUGAGUCGUUUGACAGUGUACUCAAACCCCUCUGGAAGGGUAUCCGCACCCAUCGUGGAAAGGGUUUGGCGGCUUUCCUCAAAGCCAUUGGCUACUUGAUUCCAUUGAUGGAUGCUGAGUUUGCCAACUACUAUACUCGUGAAGUCGUCCUGAUUCUGAUCAGAGAGUUCCAGUCGCCCGAUGAGGAAAUGAAGAAGAUUGUGUUGAAGGUGGUCAAGCAAUGCUGCUCCACUGAUGGUGUGGAGCCUGGCUACAUCCGCGAGGAGAUUCUCCCUGACUUCUUCAAACACUUCUGGACACAUCGUAUGGCCCUGGAUCGCAGGAACUAUCGACAACUGGUAGACACAACCGUGGAGCUUGCCAACAAGGUCGGUGCUGCCGACAUCAUCAACCGCGUGGUGGAUGACCUGAAGGAUGAGAACGAGCAGUAUCGUAAAAUGGUCAUGGAAACUAUCGAGAAGAUCAUGAACAACCUGGGUGCGGCUGAGAUUGACUCUCGCCUGGAAGAGCAGCUCAUUGACGGUAUCUUGUACGCUUUCCAGGAACAGACACAGGAGGACAUUGUCAUGUUGAACGGCUUUGGAGUGGUGGUGAACGCCCUGGGCAGCCGCGUCAAGGCCUACUUGCCGCAGAUCUGCGGUACCAUCCUCUGGCGUCUCAACAACAAGUCGGCCAAGGUCCGACAGCAGGCCGCCGACCUGAUCUCUCGCAUUGCCAGCGUCAUGAUGACGUGCAAGGAAGAGAAGCUGCUGGCUCACUUGGGUCUUGUGCUCUACGAAUACCUCGGAGAAGAAUACCCUGAAGUACUGGGCAGCAUCCUGGGAGCAUUGAAGUCUGUCGUAAACGUGAUUGGAAUGCAGAAGAUGACGCCUCCCAUCAAGGAUCUGUUGCCGCGUCUGACCCCCGUGCUCAAGAACAGACAUGAGAAAGUGCAGGAGAACUGCAUCGAUCUUGUCGGCCGUAUCGCUGAUCGUGGUGCCGAGUAUGUAAGCGCUCGUGAGUGGAUGCGUAUCUGCUUUGAGCUGCUCGAGCUACUGAAGGCACACAAGAAGGCUAUCCGUCGUGCCACCGUCAAUACAUUUGGUUACAUUGCCAAGGCUAUUGGCCCGCAAGAUGUCCUCGCUACUCUGCUGAAUAACCUGAAGGUACAGGAACGUCAGAACCGUGUGUGUACGACGGUGGCCAUCGCUAUUGUCGCCGAGACCUGCUCGCCGUACACUGUACUGCCAGCCCUGAUGAACGAAUACCGCGUUCCGGAGCUGAACGUGCAGAACGGUGUGCUCAAGUCGCUUAGUUUUAUGUUUGAAUAUAUUGGUGAGCUGGGAAAGGAUUACAUCUACGCCGUCACUCCGCUGCUGGAGGAUGCCCUGAUGGACAGAGAUCUGGUCCAUCGGCAAACUGCGACAGCUGCAGUAAAACACAUGUCACUGGGUGUGUUUGGAUUUGGCUGCGAAGACGCGCUAAACCAUCUGCUGAACUACGUCUGGCCUAACAUCUUUGAGGUGUCUCCACAUCUUAUACAGAACGUCCUGGACUGCGUGGAGGGCAUGCGCAUGGCCAUAGGACCAUCGCGCGUCAUCCAGUACGCGCUGGCUGGCCUGUUUCACCCGGCACGGCGCGUUCGAAUGGUCUACUGGAAAGUUUACAACAGUCUCUAUAUUGGAUCACAGGACGCGCUCGUGGCGUCUUACCCUCGCAUCCCGAACGACGAGAAGAACCAUUACAUGCGCGAUGAGCUUGACUAUUUUGUAUAGUGCCUGUCGUCACGGCCACCAUAACAUCCCUCAACCCUUUUUUUGUGCGCUUUCUGGCACGCUCUUUCUUCGCCCGGUCUGCGCUUCAGUAUUUGUUUCGUUUCUGUGUGCGUCACUGCGCUAUAAGCUAAGCUCUGCACGUUUUGCUCUGUGCCCGGCGCUUGCCUCCUCUGCUGUGUUAUUGAGCGGCUUCUUUGGCAACAUGCUGUGCUUUGCCGGUAUGUCUGUUUGGAUCCUCUGCACUGUCAGGUGUUUGUCGAAGUGCCAGUGACUACGUAAACCCGCACAUUCAUGAUCCUGGGAGCUUACUUUUGCCUUUUGCAGAUAUUUAAAAUCCCAUGUUGUACUUUCAUGCUAACACAUUUUGAAUAUACCAUCAGGGAAGCAUCCA